AUAGAGGGAGGUCUGAGGAAGUGCUCGAGGCAGCCAGAGAGCGGCUCCGUCCCCGUGGUAACCAGGAGCCCCUCAGCGCAGACCGCUCUUCCUACUUUCUCCCGUGGUUCUGUGUGACUUUGAGAAGAGCUGGUGAAUGAUUUCUCAGCGUGUGCCUGCUGAGGCGAGCCAGACGGAGCGAGAGGACCCCCGCCGAGCCUGGGGCAGAGAAGCCAACGCGGACCUCACAGGGCUGGAACUGGCUGGACUCUUCCAUGCAAUUUUUGAAGUCAGGGAAACAGCAUUCAAAUUAUUAUCCUAUUGUGCUGCUGGGCGCUCAAGGAGGGGGUUUCUGCAUUGGCUUAAUAACCAUGCGAGACGGGGCUAGUCACAGAGCAGCCAAGUGUGCCUGCUUCACACGGAUCCUGGGGACCAGCGUAAGUUCUCCUGCUACUAUAUUUUAAUGCUGUGUGAUUUUCUUUCUUUCUUUCUUUUUUCUGGUUUGAAAUCAUACUUGGUCAAAAUGGAAUCAUUUCCAUGAGAAUUGCUGGGGUGGAAAGUUAUCUACUAAUCUCCAGGACUUUUUCUUUUUCCUUUUAUUAACUAAGCACCAUAAUACAAGCUGAAAUUCCUGACAGCAACUGCUGUGGCUCUUCAGAUUAAGACUGACUGAGAACUAUAGCCUAAAGUGUACCCAGUUACUAUGGAAUUAACAUUGGUCACAGUUUUAAUUUACUGUUUUAACGUCAACCGCACACGUCCCCAAUGGUUUGGAUCCCAUGCUGUUUUAACACCAUGGCUCAACUUGUGGGAUCAGCAUAUUCAACUAAAGCAGAUAUAGCUAAACAAGACUUCUACUAGUUACAAAACUUUUCUUCUUUGGCCAGGAAAGCAUUUGUCUUCCUAAAUUCUCAGAACUCUGCAGCAUCUGUGGUAAAAGUUUGUUCUGGUUGCAUUUUUUUUUUUUUUUCGGUCAUCGCCUUGCUGAAAACAAUACAACCCAGCAGUGAACUGCAAUGAAAUUGUGAAGGGAGGAGAUAUAAAGAGCCAUCACAGUUCUGUAACUGCUAUUAUAAUAAUGGGAGAGAGAAAGCCAGCCAAAGGAGCCCCUUAUGUACACCAGCUCCAACACAGUGCAGUGCGGGGACACCAAGAUGAAUGGUGAGCAGAGGCUGUAACUUGUGAGUCUUUCAACACUUCAUUUGCUACAAGUUCUGGCGUAGACAUGGAUAUUCCUGGUGAAGAAAACAGUUCUUUGAGCUCAACUCCGAACUCCUUAAUGCAAUUAAAUGAUGACACAAGAUUCUACAACGCCUUUAACUCUGGAGAAGCGAACAUUUCUGAUGCAUUUAACUGGACAAUAGACUCUGAAAAUCGAACCAAUCUUUCUUGUGAAGGGUGCCUCCCCCCAACAUGUUUCUCCUUGCUUCAUCUCCAGGAAAAAAACUGGUCUGCUUUAUUGACAGCUGUAGUGAUUAUUCUAACCAUUGCUGGAAACAUACUUGUCAUCAUGGCUGUGUCCCUAGAGAAAAAGCUGCAGAAUGCCACCAACUAUUUCCUGAUGUCCCUUGCCAUAGCUGAUAUGCUGCUGGGUUUCCUGGUCAUGCCCGUGUCCAUGUUAACCAUCCUGUAUGGGUACCGGUGGCCGCUGCCUAGCAAGCUCUGUGCAGUCUGGAUUUACCUGGAUGUGCUCUUCUCCACGGCCUCCAUCAUGCACCUCUGCGCCAUCUCGCUGGACCGCUACGUAGCCAUCCAGAACCCCAUCCACCACAGCCGCUUCAACUCCAGAACUAAGGCAUUUCUGAAGAUCAUUGCUGUUUGGACCAUUUCCGUAGGUAUAUCCAUGCCAAUCCCAGUCUUUGGGCUGCAGGAUGAUUCCAAGGUCUUUAAGGAGGGGAGCUGCCUACUCGCUGAUGACAACUUUGUCCUGAUUGGUUCUUUUGUGUCAUUCUUCAUUCCCUUAACCAUCAUGGUGAUCACCUACUUUCUAACUAUCAAGUCACUUCAGAAAGAAGCUACUCUUUGUGUUAGUGAUCUUAGCACACGGGCCAAAUUGUCUUCUUUUAGCUUCCUGCCUCAGAGUUCCCUGUCUUCAGAAAAGCUCUUCCAAAGGUCAAUCCACAGGGAGCCAGGGUCCUAUGCUGGCAGGAGGACUAUGCAAUCCAUCAGCAACGAGCAGAAAGCUUGCAAGGUGCUGGGCAUCGUCUUCUUUCUGUUUGUGGUAAUGUGGUGCCCAUUCUUCAUCACGAACAUCAUGGCUGUCAUCUGCAAAGAGUCGUGCAAUGAAAACAUCAUCGGCGCCCUGCUCAAUGUAUUUGUUUGGAUCGGGUACCUCUCCUCAGCCGUCAACCCCCUGGUCUACACACUGUUCAAUAAAACCUACAGGUCGGCCUUUUCACGGUAUAUUCAGUGUCAGUACAAGGAAAACAAAAAACCUUUGCAGUUAAUAUUAGUGAACACUAUACCGACUUUGGCUUACAAGUCUAGUCAACUCCAAAUGGGACAAAAAAAGAAUUCCAAGAAAGAUGCCAAGACCACAGAAAACGACUGCUCUAUGGUAUCUCUAGAAAAACCACAUCCAGAAGAAGCUUGUACAGACAAUAUCCACACCAUGAAUGAAAAGGUUAGCUGUGUGUGAAGGACUGGUUGCCGUGGCAACUGUGGAGGGCACACCAAACCAGACUUCACCUAUCUGGGGAGAGUAAAAAUAAGGAGAUUGGAAAAAAUUAGGCCGCUCUAAUGGAACUGAAAAUAAUGUCGGUACAGUUCAUUGUAUUCUGUCAGUGAAAAGCAGGGUUAAGUGCCACAAAACAUGCACUUCAAAAAUGUUCUGACAGCAUUUAAAUUAUGAGCUUUGUGAUACUUUUAACAUUGUAAUGAUUUUUAAAAAAUAAUUAGCUUUUAAUGUGCAAUUAUAAUGAGGUCCUAAAUAAAUCUAUUGAACUAUUAUCAAAUGGAAAUCUUACCAUUUCUGUUGAUUGAUGGCAUGAAAUUGCAUUGGUUGUCUGAUGCUGUAAAUAAAAACAACUGUAAAUAGUGAAAAUUCUGUUUAAUAUAAUGGCCUCUUAAAUAAAGACCAGUUCUCUUUAAAAUUUGCCAUGACAUAUAUUUUGAAAGAAAAAAAAGACACUAAGACAGUAUGAUGAAAUCUGUAUUGCUAAGAUAAUUAAAUGAAAUAUUUGACACUUUUCAUUCCUGCUUUUUCAUAGACGCUGUUUUUAAAUAUUUACAAGGUUACUGGCAGUUGCUGCAUUUCAAGUUGAUUAUCCAAAGUGUAAAAGAUUUUAAACAUUAUUGAACAACUGUUGCUGCUUUCUCUUCUACUCGUGCUUUACUCUGAAUUUCCAGUGUGGUCUUGUUUAAUAUUUGUUCUUCAGUAUAAACUAUUGAAAGGACAACUUGACAUUGCCAAAUACAUUGUAGAAAUUGCUUCUCUUAAACAGUACCUCAGAGGUAUUUAGUAACUUGCUGUAAAGGUACUGUAUCAUGCAUGAGCUCCUUUGAUGUAACUCUGUCAGGGUUGAAGAAUAAACUCAGGUUCUGGCUGUUAACAGUUUAAAGUUUUAGAACAUCUCUGUACAAAGCAGGUGACUUUCCUGUUGACAUUCGUCAGGUAAACUAAUGCCUUUAGAUCAAUACAUUAAUAUUAUUUAUUAAAAUUACUUAACUUGGUUUCAUAAUCAUCAAUUAAGUGCAUACUUAUGGGU